UAUCGUUAUUUAUUUUUUUUAUCAUUUGAAAUAUUAUAUAUUUUCCCAAGAUUAUUCCCGAUCAAAUGGGAUAUUCAAUUCUAUUUUUUACGGUUAAAAAUUCGGUGAAAAAUAUAUGAGAUGAAAGAAGAGGAGAAUUAAAGGUGAAAUAUAUCUAAAUGCUUUCCGAAGAGGGUUCGGUUAACAAAAAUGCUCAAGAUAAACCGGAAGUUAUCCGUGAAGAUGUUAGUCAGAGAGGAAUCCCUAAAAUGAUUACGAUGUCCAAGCGAGCUGGUAACUGCACUAAUCCUAUACGUAUUCUCCUGGAAAAUUUGUCCACUCAGCCCAAUCCUGACAAAUCUCUCAUAUCUUUGUCGCAAGGUGAUCCUUCUCUUUACGAUCUAUUUCCGAUCCACGAAGAGAUGAAGGAAGCCGUCAUAAACUCUGUCAAAAGUGGACAAUUCAACUCCUACGUUCCUUCACCUGGACUCGAAUCGGCUAGACAAGCUAUAGCUAAUCAAUAUAUUGAGCAGGGAAUCAAAAUCGAUUGGAAAAAUGUAUUUUUGACAACCGGUUGCACUCAAGCCCUUUUAUGGUCAAUCGAAUGCCUAGCCGAUGAGGGUGACAAUAUACUUAUUCCAAAACCUUGUUUUCCCAUAUACAAGACAUUCUCAAAAAUGAAUGGAAUAGAAUUCUCGAGCUACGAUCUAUUGCCUCAAAAUCGAUGGGAAAUCAAUUUAGAACAUUUAGAAUCCUUGAUAAACCCUAAAACGAAAGCCAUAAUAAUUAAUAAUCCAUCGAAUCCAUGUGGGUCCGUAUAUUCCAAGAGUCACAUUCUUAGUUUCCUCAAAAUAGUAUCGAAAUAUGAUAUACCCGUGAUAUCUGACGAGGUCUACGCUCAUUUUGUUUUUCCUGGUCAAAUCUACUGUUCCAUUGCCGAUCUAUCUUCCACCGUGCCAAUUUUAAUAUGCAAUUCAUUAAGCAAAAGAUACAUAGUACCGGGUUGGAGAAUGGGAUGGGUGGCCAUUUAUGACCCUGUGCAUUCCAUGGAUCAAAUCCAAAAUGGUAUAAACCGAUUUUGCCAGGCCAGUUUUGGCGUUAACUCCAUGAUACAAGCCGCUCUACCUUUAAUAUUAACCAAAACUCCCGAUUCGUACUUUCUAAACGCUGUUCAAUUAGCCUACGAAAAUGCUCAAACAAUAACAAACACCCUUAAAAACGUUCCCGGUAUCAAUCCAAUAAUUCCUCAAGGCUCCAUGUUUAUGAUGGUCCAUAUAUCCUUGAAUUGUUUUCCCGAGUUCAAAAGCGAAUGCGAAAUUGUCGAAAGACUCAUACAGGAAGAAUCCGUAUUCCCAUUUCCUUCUUCGAUAUUCGGCAUAGAUGACUUCCUGAGAAUAUCGUUGAUAAUUCCUAAAGAUAAAGCCAUUGUUGCCGCUGAAAGGAUGUCCGAAUUUUUCAAAAAUCAUUACAUUAAACCUUCAUAGUCAAAAUUUUUAAAAUUUAGUCAAAUAUUGUCAUUUUUAUUUUUAUUUUAAACUUUCCACUUUCUUUAAUUUUAAUGUUUUUUUAUA